AUGAGUGUGGGCUGCCCAGAGCCUGAGCCGCCCCACUCCCUGCCCUGCUGUGGGCCGGGGGCCACCCCUGGGCCGGGAGCCGGUGUGCCCCUUCUCACUGAAGACAUGCAGGCGCUGACCCUCCGCACCCUGGCUGCCAGCGACGUCACCAAGCACUACGAGCUUGUCCGGGAGCUGGGCAAAGGCACCUAUGGGAAGGUCGACCUGGUAGCCUACAAGGGCACAGGCAUGAAAAUGGCACUGAAGUUCGUGAACAAGAGCAAAACCAAACUGAAGAACUUCCUGCGGGAGGUGAGCAUCACCAACAGCCUCUCCUCCAGCCCCUUCAUUAUCAAGGUCUUCGACGUGGUCUUUGAGACUGAGGAUUGCUACGUCUUCGCCCAAGAGUACGCACCCGCUGGGGACCUGUUCGACAUCAUCCCUCCUCAGGUCGGGCUCCCGGAGGACACGGUGAAGCGCUGCGUGCAGCAGCUGGGGCUGGCGCUGGACUUCAUGCACGGACGGCAGCUGGUGCACCGCGACAUUAAGCCCGAGAACGUGCUGCUGUUCGACCGCGAGUGCCGCCGCGUGAAGCUGGCCGACUUUGGCAUGACGCGCCGCGUGGGCUGCCGCGUGAAGCGCGUCAGCGGCACCAUCCCCUACACGGCUCCCGAGGUAUGCCAGGCGGGCCGCGCCGACGGCUUUGCCGUGGACACUGGCGUGGACGUGUGGGCCUUCGGCGUGCUGAUCUUCUGCGUGCUCACCGGCAACUUCCCGUGGGAGGCGGCAUCAGGCGCCGACGCCUUCUUCGAGGAGUUUGUGCGCUGGCAGCGGGGCCGCCUGGCAGGCCUGCCGUCGCAGUGGCGCCGCUUCACCGAGCCGGCGCUGCGCAUGUUCCAGCGCCUCCUGGCGCUGGAGCCCGAGCGCCGCGGCCCAGCCAAGGAGGUCUUCCGCUUCCUCAAGCACGAGCUCACGUCCGAGCUGCGGCGGCGGCCCUCGCACCAGCAAAGGGCAGGUGGUACUCGCCACGGCGAUCGAGAUCUGCGUCUGAGCCGCCCCGCGCCCUCGGGCCGGAGCGCCGUGCAGCAGCCAGGCGGGGCCAGGACGCCGCCCUGGGCCGCUCCAGGAGCCUGCUCCGGCGGCUCCGGCGGGAUACCGAUCGAGCCGCCGCCUCUGCGGCGGGAGGGGGAGUCGUCAAUCACGCUGCAGACCCACCCCAAGUCCUGCCCUCGUGGCCUCACCCCACCCUGCCCCCUCCCCACCCUGGGCACAGAAAGGGACUCAAGCUUUGGGCAGAGAGAGAAGGACUUAGGGCCCCUGGCGCACUGGCUGGGACAGGGCAACAAGCUGAGGGGAAUCCAGUAUGGAGGCACCUGCAGGUUGGUUCAGGCCCCUAGGCAGCAUCCUGCACCCUUACGACCCCCUGCCCUCUGUGGAUGCCUGGGACCCCGCAAUAACCUCAACACGGUGUGCCCGCCCCUUUUGAGACCCCCCCCAGCCGGCAUUGGGGCCCUCCACACACCAGGGCUCUCGACAUCCUGA